AGUUAUCUAUAGAUAAGUUAAUUUACAUAAUUUUUGAUGUGAUGCAGUGUACACUCUUCUUUUUAUUGAUUUUUUGUUAAAUUUAAGUAUCUCCUUUUUUUAAGGGUCAUCCCUAAAAAUGGACCUACCGAAUAUUACAGUUUUCUUUUGUAAGUUUAUAAUUUUAAAUGUGCUCUUAGUAAGUCCGGAAAAAGUAAUCUAGUACAUACCACGAACGAAUGCCCAUUUGGAAUUGAAAAUUAGCUCUAAUAUUAGCAUACUUGGACGCAAAGCUAUGCUUUUCUCUGCAAUAGGAACGAAGUGAUGUCAUUAUUACAAUUAAAGGAAAUGUAAGACACCCCACUCUGACCAUAAAUAACGUUUUCAAAGGUCAGGUUAUAUUGGACAUUUAUCAAUUCUGUACGUUCCACCUACAUUUGCACUCUUAGACCCCUCUGUGCAAGUUCGUGAGCCGGUUAUCGGAUACCGAAUAUUUUAGUCUGGUGUGUCAUCCAGAUGCAUACUUUCGUACAAGAAUUUUGCGAUUUGCGAGAAAAAUUACUUCAUUAUAAUGAGUCGAAUUUUCGUUGUCCAAUAAUUGUCCAUUGUUCUCCCUCACUUCUUAAACAGUGAAACCUUCUUGAUUCCCAUAAUCCUUCUAAGAACCGUUGUCAAAUAACAACAAUGUCCAAUUGAUAUUUUUUGACAAUGACAUUCGGCGAGCAGAAUGAACACAAAAAUUCAUGUUACCUCAAAUAUUUCUGUUAUUGAUAAUACCUACAUUUACCGUAGAAGAACGAAUCAUAACAACAGUGAAGUACUCGACGUUCCGGGUCCAACCAACGAUAGUCCAUGGCAAUCCGGUUUUGAAAGGCCAAAUACCAUACAUUGUGUCAAUCAAGGAACCUCUAAGGAGAGUGUCAAAGAAGAAAAAGCUAUGGGCGAAUCUUUGUGGCGGCAGCAUUAUAUCGGAGCUGAAAGUUCUGACGGCCGCGCAUUGCUUUGAAGCGAAACAUUUCUACUAUGGGACACAUCCUCAGUUGCUGCGAGUCGUUGCCGGCAGUCUGCAGAAUGAAAUAGUACACACAGGUCGCACACAAACCACAGAAAAAGCUCAAUGGAGAUCAAUAAGCAAAUUGACGCUGCACCAAGAGUUCCAGUUCCCGACGCACGACAUAGCGCUAGUGGUAGUGGACAGCAAGUUCAUAUUCUCAAAGACCGUGGACUACGUCAUACCAGCGACGGUGAAAUCAGACUACCCGAGGACCUGCAUCGCGGCGGGCUUCGGGCAAACCUCCGCGUCGCCACAGUCACCAGUUUCCAAAGAGCUCAUGUGGGCUGAUAUAUACGUGCUCUCUCGACGCCAAUGCGACAUCUGGUGGGAGAUGAACAUGGAUUCCUUCAUUUGCACGAAUUCUCAAGGAACUGAUGUCGGUGGUGGGGACUCCGGAGGGCCCCUGACCUGCUACGGGACUUUAGACCCUAAGGAAAAGCGGGGUAAAGAUCUCCUGGUCGGCAUCGUCAGCGGGAAGAAUUAUGACAAGACAACACUCUUCACAAGGGUGUCGGCUUACAAGGAUUGGAUGAAUGACGGUUGUGAAAAGUUUGAAGCUUCUAAAUUUGUAGUGUAUUCGUGUUUGUCCAUUACACUUUUUUAUAUACGUUUAUUGAUUCUAUUUAUUUCUAGGCCUCUGGGUUAACGAGGUCUAGUUGUUAUACAAACUCCUGGCAUCUUGAGUUUAUUUUGUAGACUGGUUUAACAGACUGUUUUUGAGCAGAUGGCAUGGGUAUGGCGAUUGUACUUUUACAAUGAUGAUAAACGCCAAUCAUUAAUUAGUAACUAUCGUGAGACUGAUUUAAACGAUACAAUGGUUUACCCAGUUCGACUCGCGUCUCCGCCGCGGCAGGUCAUGUUAAGGACUCCGGUUGGGUCCGAAACUAGUCGGGCACUCCCGAUAAAUACGCGUGAAUAAACCGUUACAUCUUUUAAUAUUGGCAAUGAUUCAAAUAAGUUGAAAUUAAAAUAAGUAAACGGGAUAUAUGUAAUAUGGCCACUUUAGGCUAAUUUACAAGAUAAUAGUGAUAUCGUCAAACAUAUGUACAUAUAUAUACGGGUUUCACGAAGUAAAUCCUGCCCUAAAAGAAACAUCCCAAACAAAUAAAACAGACAGCUAAUAAAACCACAGCUUUAGCUAUAAAAUAUUUAUUUAUUCAUCUUUAAACAAUAAAUUGUUUUAUAUAAAACAUAGUUCGGCAUUAGAUACCUCGUACAAACUAC